AUGGCCACGUUAGAAGCGCCUGAAGUAAGUUCAAGAGCAUCAUCAGCACCUGGAAGUGCUCGACAGAACUCUCAAGGAGCAGCAUCACAGAUCUCCUCCCCACAGCUUGAACCAAGAAGUGUUUCCCAGCAUGUAUCAGAGAAUGAACAAGAAUUAAUCGAAGGAGAUGAUGAAAUUAAUGAGAAUACUCCAUUGGAUGAACAAGAACAGGGUGCUGAGACUGGGGAAGACUCGCCCGCCGAGUUCAAUGUCAACAUUGUGGACGAGGAACCACGCAUUGUGGAUUUGGCUGCUGAACAAGAACAACAAUUUAAAGAUCAGUUGGCUCAAAAACGAAACACGUUACGAGAAUCCUUGUUGCAAAAGACACCUCAGAAUACGAGUUACUAUACAUUUUCAAAGAAGGAAACCGUCGUGGUCGAUACGGUUCAAAACUUUUGUCGGCAGUACACGCAAUUGUAUCCUUCUCGAAAGGAAUUGUUGAUACUUCCUCAGAAUGAAUUUGGACAACAGAAAUUCAUUUGCACGACAAUCAGACCAACCCAGCUACCAUUCAAGGAACUUUACGAUUAUCGUAGUUGCGCCAAGUUUGUAUCGGAUUACCUCUCAUACGAGCUUCUGGAACCUGCUCAUGAAGGACCCAAGGUUGUGCCGUCACCAACAUACACCUUAAAGAUGCAAAGUGGAAACUGCUUCGAUUUUUCAGUCCUACUAGUCUCCCUUCUUCGUGGAGUUGGCUAUGACGCAUACGUCGUAUCUGGAUAUGCAUCAAAUCAAAUCACACUCGUAGACGAAACUCGAAAUGAUGCUUCAGCAAUUGGACUCCCUCAACCAUUCAGCACAAGCAAAUCGCCACCAGCUGUUGCACCAGCUGCGUUUGGUCAUUCAGAUGGAGCUUAUGCAAAUGAUGGAACAAAUAGCUCGUCACAUCCACCAUCGGCUGCCCCGAAUAAACCAAUGACGCCUAUUCAGAUGGCAUUAAAGUAUGCGUCGUCUGGAUACAAGCUGCAUUCUAUUGCUGAGAAGUAUCGAGUCAAGCCGCCGAGACAGAUGCAGAGUGCCUUUUUGGCAAAGAUGGAGAAGAAACGGCUGGAAGCUGAAGCGAAGGUUGCUCCUGUUGUUGCAGCGCAAGAGCCAGUCGCUAAUGAGGUCGUUGAUGACGACGACGAUGAAUUGAAGGGUCUGCGUGUUCAUGCUUGGGUCUUAGUGCUACCAGGACGACGAGAUAUCGCAGAGCCUUUCUUUAUAGAACCAACAACCGGUCGAGUCUACGGAACAGAAGACGAACGAUAUCUCGGUGUUGAAAGUGUGUUUAGUCCGAUGAACUACUGGGUCAACAUGCAGACGUGUUAUGACGGUCUGAAGGGAAUCUCAUUCAACUUAUGGGACAAUGCGAAAUGGGAGUAUGUCCUCAAGACACCUCCAGAGCCUCAACGAAAAGAUGCCUCAAAAUCUAAACCGGCAGCUUGGAGGGACGAAGAGUCAGAUGAAGAUGAUUUGGGAGAUGAUGAGGAACAUAUUGCUAUGCCGACACCAUGGCCAAAUGCAAUAUCAUUGACGAGAGAAGAGUUUGAAACGAGACUGCCUGCUGGCGGAAAGACGACGCUGUUUAAAAACCUUCAGCUGGAAAACUGGGCAGAAUACCAUCGGCCAGAUGGUAUGAUAUCUCGAUUGACAUAUUUCGCUGACGACGAGACGGGUUUCAACGGCGAAAUUCGAGAAGUCUUUGCUAACAGAAGGGAUAAACUGAGUGAGAGAAUUCGGCUCCCAGAUCGCAACCAAAUCCAUGACUUUUUCGAUCGUGGACGAGGAGCUGGAUUACAAGAACACGUUUCAGUGAAUGGAAAAACGAUCGAGAUGAACUUCUAUCCUAGUGCUCGUUCAGAUGGCUUGUUGAAAAGGCUCGAGUCACCACGAAAGAUUAUUGAAUUCUUUGAAACACGAGAUGAUCGAUUAAAGUAUCGAUCUGUGACAUUUGAUUCACCUCCAAAAGGAAGCGAUGAUGAACGUGGACCAAUGAUUAAGAUGACUGAAAAGUUUACAAGAAAUACAGAUGUCGGUGCAGGUGUUGACCCUUCGAAAAAGACAUACUUCUUAAAGGAAGAAAAGAUUCGCGUCGUCUAUCACCGUGACGAAGGGCGUAUCCUUUCAUCAUUCCACGAAUUUAAGAAACCACCACCGGAACAAAAAGUUCCAUUCGUAGGACUAUCGUCAUCAUUCGAGGUCAAUUCAUUACGAAAGCCACUCAAGAAACCAGAACUGUUUGCACUCCUCAACUCCUUAUUACGAGCUGAGCAGAUCUGCUUACAAGCCGUUCGAGGAUCUGAACGUGAAGUCAGAGACAUUUUACAAGCAAGACAAGCUGAAGAGUCGGAGAUUGUGCUGAAUGUUUCAGUGUUUGAUACUACAAGAAAUCAAGCUCCAUCUGAGGAAGAAAAGGCUGUACAUAAAGGUACUGAGGACGAAACGAAACGUGAUUUGGAUUUGGAUUAUCUGUCUCCAUUCCUUAUCAACUAUCCACCGGGCCACAUUCUCAACCGUGAAGAAGCUCUCGCAGUGAAAGAUGCAUGCAUCAAGUCGCUCAAGGAACGGCUCCUGGAACGUGCCAAUAUUAUUCAAACAAGACUUGACGCCCUGACUGCCGAGUAUCAAAAGAGACAAGCUGCUUUUGCAAGAAAUGUCGAUGGAGAUCGGAUUCACACUGCAGAAGAAUUUGCACGGUUUAGUGAAGAUGCUCUGUUUAGUAUUCGUGUGCAUGAGAAGCGUUUGAUCAAGCACAAGGAAGAUGCACCGGAGAAACUCAUCGAGCUAGACACCCGAUUACGUAGGGAUUCAAGAUUACAAGCUGCCUUUGUUUGA